AUGGGCAGCGAGGGGGAGCGAGGCCCGGCGGCGGCCCCGAGCCCGGGGCAGGGCGACCCACGGGCGCUGCGGAGGGACUGCCAGCACCGGAUCUUUGUCAACCGGAGCCUGGCGUUGGAGAAGAUCAAGUGCUUUGGCUUUGACAUGGACUACACCUUGGCCAUGUACAAGUCCCCUGACUACGAGGAGCUGGCUUUUGCCCUGUUGCUGGAGCACCUUGUCGCCAUUGGGUACCCCCCCGAGAUCCUCGCCUACAAGUAUGACCCCACGUUCCCCACUCGGGGGCUGGUGUUCGAUGCCCUGUAUGGGAACCUGUUGAAGGUGGAUUCCCAUGGGAACCUGCUAGUCUGUGCCCAUGGCUUCCGCUUCCUCAAGGGAGCCGAAAUCCUCCACUAUUACCCCAAUAAGUUUAUCCAGCGGGAUGACAUGAAGCGCUUCCACAUCCUCAACACGCUCUUCAACCUCACGGAGGCCCACCUCUAUGCCUGUCUUGUGGACUUCUUCACCAACUGCUCCAGAUACGUAAACUGCGAUACCGGCUACAAACACGGGAACCUCUUCAUGUCCUUCCGCAGCAUGUUCCAGGAUGUGCGUGAGGCCAUGGACCACGUCCACCUCUCUGGCUGCCUGAAGGAGAAGACGCUGGAGAACCUGGAGAAAUAUGUGGUGAAAGACCCCCGUGUGCCACUGCUGCUGAGCCGCAUGAAGGAGGUGGGGAAGGUCUUCCUGGCCACCAACAGUGACUAUACAUACACAGAUGCCAUCAUGUCCUACCUGUUUGACUUCAGAGAUGGGGACAAGGCGGACACCCCGCAGCGCCCCUGGAGGUCUUAUUUUGACCUGAUUGUGGUGGACACCCGCAAGCCCCUCUUUUUCGCUGAGGGCACCGUCCUGCGCCAAGUCGACACGGACACGGGGAAGCUGCGCAUUGGGACGUACACCGGCCCCCUCCAGCACUGCACCGUCUACUCUGGCGGCUCCUCAGAUGUGGUGUGUGACCUCCUGGGCGUGAAAGGCAAAGACAUCCUUUACAUGGGGGACCACAUCUUCGGGGACAUCCUCAAGUCCAAGAAGCGGCAGGGUUGGCGCACCUUCCUGGUGGUGCCUGAGCUGGCCCGUGAGCUGCAGGUCUGGACAGAGAAGAGCGAGCUGUUUGAGGAGCUGCGGAGCCUCGAUCUCUUCCUGGCUGAGCUGUACCAGCACUUGGACAGUGGCAGCAGCGAGCGCCCAGACAUUAGCUCCAUCAAGCGUCGGAUCCAGAAAGUCACACAUGAGAUGGACAUGUGCUACGGGAAGAUGGGCAGCCUCUUCCGCUGCGGCUCACGCCAGACGCUCUUCGCCAACCAGUUGAUGCGCUACGCAGACCUCUAUGCCGCCUCCUUCAUCAACUUCCUCUACUACCCCUUCAGCUACCUCUUCCGGGCUCCCCCUGUCCUGCCUGUGCUAGACUCUCUCUGGGAGCCUUGUCCCCCCCGCAGAUGGCACAUGAGUCAACAGUGGAGCACACUCGGCUGGACUCGGGGGAGGUUGGCACAGCCCUGCCCCCCUGGCUGGCCCGGCAUAGCCACCCUGGCCAGCAGGUCCCCCAAGACUCCAGCGGGGAGGAGGAGGAUGAUGGAGAAGCCUGAGCCCACCCCAGCACCAAUGGCUGCUGCUCUGGCAGGUGCCAGCCCCACAGGAGGGCAUUUGGUGGCCCUGGACCACUUGCACUGCCAGACCAAAGCCACCCAUGGUCAGCUGCCACCUUUGAUGGCCAUAGGAUGAUUGGUGGCCCUGCCCAUGGCCCCCAUCACACCUGUCCUUAGGCUGUGGGGCCCUUCUCUCGACUGUGCCUGGAGCCAGGAGAGGGCCCCCCCAAUUCUGCUGGCUGCCCUGUGCCCCCACUUUAACUAACAUCCUUCCUGCCAGCUCAAUGGCAGCCUGGGGCCACCCAAUGCCAGGGUGAGCGGGCAGUGUUGCUGCUCCGGUAUCACUGGAGGUCCGCUGCACCAGUCAGGGCCCCUGCAGCUCGUGUCCCUCCAGCCUCUCCACUGUGGCCCUGGGUACAGGGGGAGGCUCCGGAGGUGACAGCUGCUCUGUGGGAACUCCCUUCACCUGCUGUUCCCCUCUUCUGUUUGCUACUCUUUUCUAUUUAUAAAAGAUACUCCAACUCCUGGCACCACAGAGACAUAAAAUUGGCUGUUUUAAAGAAAA